CAUGCACACAUUCACUAGGAGGGUAGCCGUCAUGGAGAAGAGAAUUGUGUUCGACGCCACCUUCAUCCUCUCCGUCAUCGUCUCCCUCGCGCGCCCUCUCGCCGCCGCGGGUGGCCUAAACAUCACGGCGGUCUUCGCGUUCGGCGAUUCCACCCUGGACACCGGCAACAACAACCAUCUUCACACCCUAUUCCGCGCUGACCACGUCCCCUACGGCCGCGAUCUCCCGAACCACCGCCCCUCGGGGAGGUUCUCCGACGGUAGGCUGAUCACCGACUUCCUCGUCUCCGACCUGGGCCUCAAGAAGCUUCUUCCCCCCUACUCCGCCUCCAACCGCCUCUACCUCUCCGAGAUGGCCACCGGCGUCAGCUUCGCCUCCGGGGGCUCCGGCCUCGACGACCUCACCGCCCGGCUGGCGCAGGUAAUGACCAUGGAGCAGGAGCUGCGCGACUUCAAGGAGUACUCGAAGAGGCUGAGACAGGCGAUGGGAAAUCAGAAGGCAGACGAGAUCAUUCGCAACGCGUUGUUCGUCAUCGGGAUUGGCUCCAACGACUGGAUAAUGAACUACUACUUGUUCCCCAUCAGACGCCACAAGUAUUCCAAGGCGGCUUACAGUCGUAUCCUCAUCGGCAAGCUUCGUUCCUUCGUCGAGGAGGUGUACAGCGAAGGUGGGCGAAGGUUCGCGAUCUCCGGCCUUGCACCACUCGGAUGCCUCCCCAUACAGAUCACUCAAGCGGCGAUGGUGCCGAUCUACCACACGCCACAGCGGAGAUGCGUGCCCGGCCAAAACCAAGACGCCGUCGCCUACAACUCCCUCCUCCGGGCCUCCAUCAGCAACAUGAGCUCUUCCCUCCUCCAAGCUCGAUUCCUAUACGUCGACGCGUACAAUUCACUGAUGCACAUGAUCAAGAACCCCAAAGAAUACGGGUUUGAGGUGACCACGUUGGGGUGCUGCGGAAGAGGCACAGUGGAGAUGGGUCCGCUGUGCAAUAAAUUGACGACUGUGUGCUCCUCACCGUCCACCUUUAUGUUUUGGGACUCCGUUCAUCCAUCGGAGACAACAUACAGGCAUCUCGCAGAGAGACUUAGGAGGGAUGUGCUAUCAAGUCUCUGAAGAAGAACAACCCAUGGAAAUCUAGGUUAUCAGGCCGUCGUAGGAGCUUCUCAUACAUGCAGUGAGAAGGACGUCAGUUUCGUUUGGUACGCUGCAAGCAUGAAAUAAGAGAGUAUUGUGUAUAUAUCC